AUGCUACCGUUAUUGAGUGGUUUUAGGAAAGGCUAUAGUUCACAGCAUGUGUUAUUACACAUGAUGCAUGAUUGGCAUAGGGGAUUAGAUCAGGGAAGAUAUGUGGCAGUUGUUUUAAAGGAUUUGGAUAAAGCAUUUGACUGCAUUGACCAUGAAUUACUUCUUGCAAAGAUGCAUAUGAACGAUCUCAUGCUAGAUUUUAGUGAUAAUCACGUGAGCAUAUGCAACUAUGCUGAUGACAAUACACUUUAUGCAUCGUCUACUGAUAUCACUAAAGUGAAGCAGAAGUUAGAAAAAGCUUUAGUUUUUGUAUCGGAAUGGUUCUCUAACAAUGGUCUUCAACUUAAUGCUGAUAAGUGUCAACUAAUUGUGUUUGAGAAAGCAAGGUUUUCUCUUGUUUUAAUAAAUUUUAAUGGAAACAUUUUAAAGGAAUGUAACAAUGUAAAAUUGUUUGGAGUUAACUUUGACAAUGCCCUUUCCUUCACAAAGCAUAUAAAUGCAUUGUGCAAGAGUGCUAGUGCCAAGUUAUCUGCUUUAAGACGAAUAUCUAUAUUUAUGUCAUUUGAUGAACGAAGUAUUAUAGCGAAUUUGUUUGUAGCGUCAGAAACCAGAUAUUGUCCUCUUAUUUGGUCUUUCACAACUAGGUCAUCUCUAGCAAGAAUAGAACGAGUGCAUAUCAGAACCCUUGAGUUGUGUUAUGAUCCUACACAAGAGAGAUCGGUCUGCAAAACUAUGCACCGUCAUUAUUGUGAUUUAUUACUUAGAGAGGUAUUUAAGACUAGAAAUGGUUUAAGCCCAUCCUAUAUGCAAAGUGUUUUUCCUUUUAAAGAAACUCCACUAUACAAUUUGCGAAGGGGGUGCUCUAUUAUGAGAAACAGAAUUGUCUGUCUGCUAGUGUCUGCUUCUCAUAUUGGAUCUCAGUUAUGGGACAGUCUUCCAUAG